AUGGGGACUCUAAAAGAAUCAACGGAACAAACCGAGCUGGCAGGUGAAGCGACUGCUAUGGAAUACUUUGAGAAAAGAACUCCUUCCUACCUGCCCUACUACAUCACACGUCAUAAACGAUUGGCUCGAAGAAGGUUUUUACAUGCACGCAGCAAGGAGCACGCGUUGAAGCACAUUAAUAUUCGCACGGGGUGGCUUGCCAUCUUUUGGAUUAUUGUUUUCCUAGUCGUCAUGUUUAUUCUGUACAUGCUUCUAAGAGACUUACUCGUGACGUACUUCUCAAAUCCCAUCGCAACACAAAUUUUGACUGAACACUCAAAUCUGCCCUUUCCCGACGUAACAAUAUGCCCCGUGUCUCCAUUCUCCAAACGCUCCCUUUCGCAAAAGGAGGUAGAUGAACUUGACGACCUGCAAAAGCAAGUCAAGCAAAAACUGAACUAUGCUGGACUGCACGCAAGUGAUGCGAAUGUACAGGCUGCCAUGUUGAUACAACUGGCUACUCAACGACGUCGAACUCAGCUGGAAAGUUACAAGCACCUAGUUUAUUGUGCUUAUAACGGAGAACACUGUUCCUUCGCCAAUUUCACUGAAGUUGUUCAUCUGCGUUAUUUGAAAUGCUUCACAUUUUCACCACGACCGAACAAGCGCAAUUUAACGGGUGGUUCUGGUCUCUCAAUCGUUUACCUGGCAGAGCAAAGCGGGAGUAGUUCCGAACCCUACAUGCUUUUAAACGACCUUGAGAGCCACAUGUUCGAUGCACCGAACUAUGAUGGAAUCAACGUUUUUGUACACAACCCGGGAACCUUCCCUGGCUAUGAGAUCAGUAGCAUGCCUACCAGCUUUGCUGUUCACUUUGGUCAAAUCGCCAGGGUGGAGGUCACGGGCUUGGAAUUCGUCUCGUCCAGCGAUGGAUCCAAAAAGUGCACAAGAAAUCCUUUGCCUUAUCGAUACAAGAGUUUUGGUGGAUCGACCAAGUGCCUAGAGUACAACUACACUUACGAGGACUGUGUAGCAAACAGAAAGCAGUCACGAAUUCUGGAAACUUGCGGCUGUUAUUCCGAUCUCCUGUUGGUGCCACACAUUCCCGAACCCGAUGACGACCCUCAGGCUGUGGGCAAACCACACGUACUCGAUCUCUCCAAGCUCAAGGUCGAUUUCUGUCGCGACCUCCGCCACCGCACGUCGCAGCAAGCACGCAUUAACUUUGAAUGCCACGAAAGGCUGAUAAAAUUGCCCACUUCAGGCGUUCUCGACGCCUACGUCAGUCCUGCUAAGAUCUGGGAGUCACGUAAUGAUCCUGACGUGAGAAAGAAGCUGCGUCAAGAAGUGUGUCCCGUUAACUGUCAAAAAACGCUUUACCAAACAAGGAGCAUCGACCUGACGGAAAUCCAUGAAAGCUUCGUUAUUAAUCUCCCAGUUCUAACAAAACACAUGAUGGAUCUCAAUUUCUCGACCGUAGGCCCAAACACAACUCUACAUUCGAGGUGGGCACAAAUGAUCGAUGACACAUCUGCUCAGUUGGAUUUUGCAGUGGGGAAAAACAUCGCCAUUCUCGACAUCCGUUUGAGUGCCCCACGCGUCGACACCUGGCAGGAGGAGCAAACAAAUUCGCUGUUUGCGUUGAUGGCGAAUUUCGGUGGCACACUGGGUCUCUGCGCCGGCAUCUCCUUCCUGUCGGCUUUCUUUUUACUGAUUUUCUUCGGCAAUGCCUUCUACCACAUGCUAAUGUCUGGUGUUUUUUGGUUUUGGUGGAAUGUCUUCCAAGGCGAGCCAUCACCAGCCGCGGUAGAUGACCUGAGAAUAAUUGAGAUGCGUUCGCGAGAAAGAGAAGACAGAGACGACAACACGCGACCCUUCCGCAGCACUCGGCAUUUGCGUGCGGUUUCAAAGAUCCUCCAGGAAAAAGAAAGGAGCGGUUUCUUCGACCCCUGGGCAGAGGCUCAAAUGCAGAAUAGUCCCACACUCGCUUCCCAAGUUGGAGUAAGAGCUGGCGAAAAUUAUCCCGUAAUUAAGUAUUUAGGAAAACAGAAUCAAUGGACGCUAAGUCAAUUCACUUCGGUUCAUUUAAAACACCAAUAA